AUGUCUCAGCAAGGCGCUGCACUUCAAAACUACAAUAAUGAACUGGUUAAAUGUUUUGAGGACCUUUGUAAACGAAGAGAAGACAUUCAGAGGCAAAUACACGUUGAUGAAACAGAGAAAGCAAAAUUACAAAGAGAAUUGAACCAAAUUACUGAAAAGCUUAAUCGUGUAAAUGACAGCUUGCAGAAAAAGCUAGUACUGCGCAACGAAUUAGAUCGAACCAUUGCCGAAUCUGAGGCCGCUUACAUGAAGAUUCUCGAAAGCUCCCAAACAUUACUUUGUGUUUUAAAAAAGGAGGGACAGGGAAUAAUGCAGAGAGCUGCUGCCAAGAAUGUUCCCAUAUAA